UUGUGUAAAAAGUUUAAGCAUAGGUGUUCAUAACCUAUAUUUUUAUAUGACGUGAUAAACCAAAUACGAAUAGACGACAGAUUUUAUUUUAUCUUUUUUAAUAACUUGUAACGACGAACUUAAUUUUAUAUUUAAUAUUUACUUAUUAAUUUUAAAUUUUAACAACAAAAUAUACUUGCUCAGAAUGUUAAUUUCAAGAUCAUUGCAACAAAUAAUACAGAAAUGGUUAAGUAUGCAGAAGAAAACAACACGGAAAAUACGAUCAGUGAAGGAUGCAGUUUUUCGUGGAGGCAUUAUUAUUAGCAGUGCUAUUCUCAUUGUUUGGUUAUCUGUAUUUCUCUAUAUAGCGUUUUACUAUGCAUACAUGCCUAGUAUGUCAUAUAUGCGGCCGAUACACCUGCAAUUCCAAUCAUGCAAUAACAAAAGAGGUAUGUGCAAUUUUCCAUCGGCCAUGGUAGAAUUGACAAAAAAGCAAAGCCUAUUCAUGGUUGGUCAGCCUUAUAAAAUUAACUUACAUCUAGAAAUGCCUGAAUCUCCUGUGAAUAAGGAACUUGGAAUGUUUAUGGUAUGUGCACGAUUACAUAGUAGAAAUGCUUUUGUUGUGGAACGUGUCUGCAGGUCAGCAAUGUUGCACUAUCGCAGUACAUUAUUACACACACUUAGUACUCUUAUAUUUUCACCUAUGAUGAUCUCUGGAACUACAGAAGAGAAACAAACUCUUGUCCUUGAAUUAUUUGGAAAUUUUGAAGAAGAUCAAAGUCGUCCGGUUACAUUAGUUCAUGUUGAAAUUGAAUCAAGAUUCAUUGAAUUUUAUUCUGCGUUAUUAGUUAUCAAUGCGCAUUUGUCAGGCCUACGUUAUUUGAUGUAUCAUUGGCCUAUUUUAUCAGCCAUCAUUGGUAUUGGAACUAACUUGUUUUUCUUAGCACUUAUAUCUAUCUUAUCACAUUUACAUUUCGCUAUGGAAGAAGAAGAUGAAGAGGAUGAUUAUAUUUAUGAGAUAGGCGAAUCAGAAGAAGAAAAAGAUAUUAAGACACUUGAUGAUUCAUCAUUGGAUACUUUAUCUCUGGAAGAUGUUCCGGUGUUAGAAGAUAUUCCACAACCUCAUGAGGAAAGUCAUUCGAGUCAUCCAUCUGAUCCGAUAUUAGGCGAGCCUAGUUACAUUCAAGAAAUUUCUACCCUCAUAGCAGAAUCAUCUGCCGUCGAAUUUGCGAAAUAGCUUGAUUUUUUUGUACAAAUAUAUUACUCGUUGAAAACAACGAAAUAUACUUGAUUUAUGUACAAAAAAUAAGACAACAAAAUGGAUAUAACCACACUUUGAUAUUAUCUAAGAAAUUCGUAGUAGUAUUUAGUCGAUAAUUUAUAUUCAUACCAAUGGUAUUGCCGUCAGUAUACUGUCGCAAUAAUAAUCUUAUGUAACAUAUACAUAUGACUGUCUGUAAAUUAAUUUAAAAAGCAAAUGAUAUUGUGCUGUGAAAAUCGAUAUAUUUUUGUAUGUUAGUAACUAUUUAAAUAUUUAUUCUUAAUGCGAUAAUUUUUAUCUUAAUCUUAUCGAUUCUUUAAUAGAAAUUAAUGUACGUGUAAAUGUAAUGUUACGAAAAGAUGAGAUUGUAUAAGAUAGAAUAUACACUAGAAUGCAUUUUAUAUUAAAUAUAUCUGCAUUUAUAUACAUUUCGUCUAUAUUUUUUCUAGAAAAAUGUAAAAUGAUUAUGUAAAUUGAUUGUUAAAUCAUUUCCUACGGGUAUAGUAAUUAACGUUAAACGUACCAUGACCGAUCAAAUAUGUACUAUUUUGGCAUUAUUUCUUACAAGUUAUAGUGCUAUUUAGUGAAUCAAGAAUUUUUAUUGUAUAAGUGAUAUAUUUUUUGCUAAACUUAUAUUGUAAAAUACAUGAUUUUUUGAAGACGGGUCAUCGGUACGUUUAGUGUUAAAAUAUAUAUACCAAGUGAUAUUUCAUUUCAUGUCAUUACACGUAUAUAUGGACAUAUGAUAUCAGUAAAUAUGUGAAUGUAAUAAAAAAAUAUACGACUGAUUGAUAAUGUAAAUGAACAAACAAAUAAUUAUUAAAAAGAUCUUAAACUGAUCUAUCUAA